AUGAUCACCACCACUUCAAUGCAGUAUGUAGAAACAUCUGCAAGGCCGACAGCUUUCGGUAAAGAUUCAGCCACUUCCACAACGUCUGAGACUUCAGCUGAAGUUGACUAUGGUGACACGACGGAAGAGUCUCAUACAACACAUACAACCGAAAGACCGAAGUCUGACAAAGAUGUCGAGGAAGCACCCAGAAGAGGCUCCAAAUCAGUAGGGUCUAAAACAAAAGGAACUGCUUCAGCAAGCAAAAUAUCAGGAUCAAAAGAAACCAUUCCUAAAGAAAAGGCAUCAAGAUCAAAAGAAAUUGGAUCUAAAGAGAAGGUCCGGUCGAAAGAAACCGGAUCUAAAGAGAAGGUCCAGUCAAAAGCACCAGGAUCUAAGGAAAAGAUGCAGGGCAAGAAGGCCAGGAAAUGA